CCCGUACCGGCCCUCUCGCAACCGCAAUUUGUGCUACCGGAUGACGCGCUCCUGUUCUUCGUGCUGUGGUGGUUGUAGUAGCGCUGGCUCAAAGGCCCUCCAAGCGUGCGUGGCGAUGGCAUUUCUUAUCUCUCCCUCGACGCCCUUCCUCCCAGCCAUCUCGUCCACCUCCAUCGUGCGACACGUACGGCGAACAGCGUCAACAUUGUCAAUCUCAGUCUCGCACCGCAGGAGAGAGGCCACAAUAACGGCCUCGCAGCGAUCGCUCGUGUCCCUGUCCGCCGCCGGCAGCGAUGGCGCAAAAGAUGCUGCCGUGCGCGCCGUGCAGGCGGCCGACCAAGCGUUAAAUAAGGCGACGCAUGACGCGGGUUCAGCCGCUAGCCGAGAUGAGGUACAGGUCACCAUCGCUGCUGCCCGCGCUGCCGCUCGUAGCGCAAUGGAGUCGUUGCGGAGAGACCCGGGAACGUUCGGAGGAGGAGGGCUAGGAGACGAGGCGGUGCAGCAGGCAAGCUGCGCGUUGGCGUACUUUCUGAUCGUUGUCCUUCCUGUGGACCAAGUAGAACAAAGCGAUCUAGAUGUAGUGGGGAUCCAAGAGACGUGGGAAUUGAAGGAUGGGGACGUGGAUGAAGUGACGUCACAAGCGCGCUCCGCCGUGCAAGCGGCUCUGUCGGCCGUCGCCGAAGCCCAGGCCACUGCCCCAGCCGCGGCGACAGCAUCGUCCACCGCUGCUCAGGACGCCAUCGGCAUGGUGCAGGCCGCGCUAGACCGACGAGAUUCGGCGGCCGUGGAGCUAGGUGCUAAAUCGUCCGAAGACACGCAGGUUGCCGCCGAAGCUGCCGUGCUGACCUCGCGAGGUGGUGAGGAAAGUGGAGACGGAACCAAGGAGCCGGAGUCUGCGCGCUGGAGUCGGAACAACCCCGCGGCGUCUCACAGUCACAUGGCCCAUCUCUUGUGGAGACAAGUCGCCGGCCCGGGUGACACGGUACUCGACUGCACGGCCGGAAACGGGCACGACAGCCUCGAGCUCGCAAAAAUCGUUGCCCUGAAGGACGGGGUGGGAUCACUCUACAUCAUGGAUGAGCGGGCUAUCGAGGCCACCCGCGAGAGGUUGAGGUCUGAACUGGGUGAACUUGCCUUGAAACGCUCGACGCUGAUCAACAGCAACUUCCGGGAGAUGCCGGCGGAAUUGGAGCCUCUGUCGGUGCAACUCGUCGUGUAUAACCUGGGGUGGCUGCCGGGGGGCGACAAAUCCAUCACAACAACACUUGAGGACACGCUGGAGAGCAUCGAGGCGGCGAAACGCGUUGUCAAGCACGGUGGCAUGAUCAGCGUUAUGUUGUACAGGGGGCACGCGGAGGGUAAACGCGAGACGGAGGCCGUGCGCGACUACGCCGCGAGCCUAGCCCACUCCCAGUGGCGCGUCUUCAUGCACGAGAGGAUCAACCGCGCAGGUUCCCCCGAGCUCCUCACAAUAUUCAAGCUCUGAUUAACUGGCCCUCCAGCUCGGGAUUGUUUCUGUCCAUCAUUUAAUGGCGAUAAGAAGCUGGGGAAUGGUUGUGAUGUAGACUGCCGUGUCGAACGGUGGAAAAAAUAGGGUGGAUGAGAUCUGGAUGUACGUACAUCCGAAGCGGCGUACUCCUCCUUCAAGUUUAGAGUAUAGAGCAGAGCGUCUGCAGACAUGAUCCGUUGAUGGUUUCGGGUAGCAAGGAGCGAAACGCUGUGAGAGGCACUACACGCUACACACGUGCCGGGAAAUGGUGCCGGGAAAUGGAACCUGUGUAGUGUGUUUUCGUCCUAU